CAAGUCUUCCCUUCUUUAUCAACCCCUCCACCAAUAACCCCUUGAACCCUACUCCCAAAAUCACACUCCCAAUAACUCAAAUAAUCAAAAAAAAAAAAAAACCAAUCUUUCCACCCUUUAAACGAAGAUGUUACCUUUUUCUCAAAAACCCCAUUCCAAGUUCAGUUUCUUUAUAUUUUCACUUUGUGUUUGUCAGCUUGUAGUGUUGAAUUCUGGGUUUGAGUUGGAUGAGUCAUUGACUUAUAUUUGGCCUUUGCCAUCUGAGUUUAAAUCUGGCAAUGAAACUUUGACUGUGGACCCAACUCUGUCUCUGUCUGUCUUGGGGAAAGGAGGGGACUUGAAGAUUUUAAGGGAAGGAUUUGAGAGAUAUAAGAAGAUCAUAUUUAAACACGUUUCUGGGGUUUCAAUUUUUGAGAAGUGGAGAGGGAUAAGAUCUGUUUAUGAUAUCAGGGAAUUGAGGAUCAUUGUGAAUUCCGACAGUGAAGAGCUUCAAUUGGGUGUAGAUGAGAGUUAUACCUUGUUUGUGGCAAAGAAUGAUGGGAAGUCUAUUGUUGGGGAGGCUACAAUUGAGGCCAAUACUGUUUAUGGUGCAUUAAGAGGAUUGGAGACAUUCAGCCAGUUGUGUGCUUUCGAUUAUGGGACUAAAUCAGUGCAAGUAUACAAAGCACCAUGGUACAUCGAAGAUAAGCCAAGGUUUGCAUAUCGUGGGCUUUUGCUUGAUACAUCGAGGCACUAUUUACCGAUUGACGUCAUUAAGCAGAUAAUUGAAUCUCUGUCUUAUGCUAAACUUAAUGUCCUUCAUUGGCACAUCAUAGAUGAGCAGUCGUUUCCUCUAGAAGUACCUACAUAUCCAGAUUUAUGGAAAGGUUCUUAUACAAAAUGGGAACGCUAUACGGUUGAGGAUGCAAGUGAAAUUGUUAGCUUCGCCAAAAUGAGAGGCAUCCAUGUUAUGGCAGAAGUAGAUGUCCCUGGUCAUGCAGAGUCAUGGGGAGCCGGGUAUCCUGAUCUUUGGCCGACUUCUUCCUGCAGAGAACCACUUGAUGUUUCAAAAAAUUUUACUUUUGAUUUGAUUUCUGGCAUUCUGUCAGAUAUCAGAAAAAUUUUCCCAUUUGAACUCUUCCACUUGGGUGGUGAUGAGGUUAAUACAGAUUGCUGGACCUCUACUCCACACAUAAAACAGUGGCUCAACAAUCGUAAUAUAACCGCUAAGGAUGCAUAUCAAUAUUUUGUACUCAAGGCUCAAGAAAUGGCAAUCUCAAAAGGCUGGACACCUGUCAAUUGGGAAGAAACAUUCAAUGCUUUUGCAUCAAAUCUUAAUCCACGAACUGUGGUGCAUAACUGGUUGGGCCCUGGGGUUUGUCCAAAGGCAGUCGCAAAGGGAUUCAGAUGCAUUUUCAGCAAUCAAGGUGUUUGGUAUCUUGACCAUCUUGAUGUUCCUUGGGAGAAAGUUUACAAUGCUGAGCCACUGGAAGGAAUAACUAAUGUAUCCGAGCAAAACCUUGUUCUUGGAGGAGAAGUUUGUAUGUGGGGUGAGACGGCUGAUACAUCAAAUGUUCAGCAAACGAUAUGGCCUCGAGCUGCUGCAGCAGCAGAGCGCUUGUGGAGCAAGAGGGAGCCUGUAGCUGCACGAAAUAUUACUUUAACUGCAUUGCCUAGGUACCAGUACUUCAGAUGUUUAUUGAAUCGGCGUGGGGUUCAGGCUGCUCCAGCCACAAACAAAUAUGCUCGACGUCCUCCAACUGGUCCUGGGUCAUGCUACGAGCAAUAAUUCAUCUGUUUAUUGCUUGUCAGGUUACUAAAUUUCAUCUGAAGCUGAUAUGAUAAAAUGCAUUCCAAAGCUUAAAUUGUCCCCUUUAGCUUUUUUAAAAAAAUCCACUGGUGUUCAUUUGGUGUUGGGAUUAUCACUCUGGAUUUUAAUUUAUAUACUGGUUUCUGCCA